GAAAGGCCAUUCUCUUUAGUGUUUGCCUUGUGUACCUGAUGUUCAUCUUUUCACUGCCCGCAUUUUUGAUAGAAAAAAUAACACAGGUUGGCAUUGAAAGUGGUUGAUUAUCAAAAACAAAGGAUACUUAAUCGACGAUUCUUAAGGUGUAACUAAGAAGUCAACAAAGGGAACAACGAGGCAGAGCUUUUACCAUUCAGCCGUCUUGGUGAACACUUCCUUUCAUCGCAGCUUCUGAAAACUUCUUGACUUCAGCCUACUACUGAUUGAAGACCAGUAAGAAUGUCCCAGCUCCAAUUUCAGUGUCCAGGUAGCUCCAUGCCUGCUGCUUCUGCCCCUCUUCAGCUGGGACAGCCGCAGCCUGGCUGUAGCAUCCCUUGUGCCUCAGGCACCCUCCCCUCAGAGAGCGCCAGUCAGCCCAUCAGGAACUCUGCUCUCCCCGCGGGCUCAGUCACUCCCUACAGCACCACCACAGUAGUAUCUAACAUGGCAAACCCUAAAGAGAAGACCCCCAUGUGUUUGGUGAAUGAGUUAGCCCGUUUCAACAAGAUCCAACCUGAGUAUAAGCUGCUUUCUGAGCAAGGACCAGCUCACUCCAAGAUUUUCUCAGUGAGGCUCACACUGGGAGAUCAGCACUGGGAGGCAGAGGGGACCAGCAUCAAGAAAGCUCAGCAUUCCGCUGCUGCAUCUGCUCUUGCUGAGACGACACUUCCCAAACCCACUCUGAGGACACCCCGUAACACAGAUUGCAUGACGCAUACUAUGGAGUUGAAUGCAUUGUGUGUGAAACUUGGUAAAAAGCCUAUUUAUAAACCCAUUGACCAAUACCUGGGGAUGAGACCUCCAAACUUCAACUACAAUGUCCGGGCUCCAGGGGUUUUCCAACGCUCUAUGCAUCAUUAUUACUACCCAUUUCCUCCAGUGGGACCAAUGUUUUACCACAUGGAGCUUUCCAUCGGAGGCCAGCAGUUUAUUGGGAAGGGACGCACCCGACAGUUGGCCAAACACGAUGCAGCUUCCAAGGCCCUGAAAGUGCUUCAGAAAGAGCCAAUUUUACAGCAGUUGCCAGUGAUGAAUGGAGAGCCUGAGGAAGAGAACCUCAACAAAUCAGAAAUCAGUCAAGUUUUUGAAAUCGCGCUUAAACGAAACUUACCUGUGAACUUUGAGGUUUUAAAGGAAGAGGGGCCACCCCACAUGAAGAGUUUUGUUGUGCGAGUUACUGUUGGAGAGUUCACUGGAGAGGGCGAGGGAAAGAGUAAAAAGAUUGCCAAGAAGCUGGCAGCAACAGCGGUACUGGGAGAGUUGAAGAAGUUACCCCACAUACCCAGUGUGGAAAAGCCUGUGCCACGCAUCAAAAAGAAAACUAAAUCUAUCAUCAAGCUGCAGACCAGCCCAGAAUAUGGCCAGGGUAUGAAUCCCAUCAGCCGCCUGGCUCAGAUCCAGCAGGCAAAGAAGGAGAAAGAACCAGAAUACAGCAUUGUGACAGAAAGAGGUGUACCGCGACGCAGGGAAUUUGUUAUGCAGGUGACUGUGUGUGGCCAGUCUGCAGAGGGAAUGGGACCCAGUAAGAAGGUGGCCAAGAGGAAUGCAGCAGAGAAAAUGCUGGAGAUCUUGGGAUAUAAAGUGCCUCAGCCUCAACCCCCUAAACCGGCACUCAAAUCUGAUGAAAAGACACCAGUGAAAAAACCUGGUGAUGGACGCAAGGUGACCUUCUUUGAACCUGGAUCUGCAGAGGAUGCAGCAGUGGGUUCCAAGGAGGAAGACUUCCGCCUGCCUUACCUCAGCCACCAACAGCUGCCUGCAGGUAUCCUACCCAUGGUGCCUGAGGUGGCUCAAGCAGUUGGGAUUUGCCAGGGAUCUCAUGCCAAGGACUACAGUCGAGUUACCCCCAAUCCAGGCAAGACCACAAUCACUGCCAUGAUCGCCAAUGAGCUGCUUUAUGCAGGGACUUCCCUAACCGCUGAGACUAUCCUAAAAAACAAAAAUAACCUGAACCAACUGCCCCAUGGACCUCUUACCAGACCUUCAGAGCAGCUUGGCUAUCUUGCUUCUGUGCAGAGCCUGCAGGUGGAAUACAAAGAUUUUCCAAAGAACAAUAAGAAUGAGUUUGUAUCAUUGAUUAACUGCUCCUCUCAGCCACCUCUCAUCAGUCAUGGGAUUGGAAAAGAUGUAGAUUCCUGUCAUGAUAUGGCAGCCCUGAAUAUACUGAAGUUACUGGCAGAGUUGGACCAGCAGUCAAAUGAAAGAACAGGAAAUGGACCAGUCUCUGGGUGCAGCAAGCAGGGUAUCGACGGUGAUGUGCACCUUAAACCGGCUAACUCAAGCACAUUGCCACAGACCCUGGAUGGCACUGUGUAGAUGAUCAGGUUUGGUUGUCUGCAAAAGCACUAGAGAAAACUCAGACACUGUGUUCUUAGUCUGUUUUAGAAGGCUACAGAAAGCUUUGGCCACUGUAGGCUCUAAACAUCACUGUUCAUAUUCAUUGUUCAAAAAUGUUCACAGUUAAACAAGAUUGAUCAGAAAAAAGUUCCUUCUCCUUGAUGUUGUUUAAUUGUAUACAUUAUUUAUGCCUUUGUUGCUUUGUAGAAGAAAUAGCAGCAUCCUAGUCAGUAUGACUUUACACGCUGAAAGAAAAUUAAGCUACAGAUAUGAACCCUUUUGUUUCCUGCCUAGAAUUUCUGAGUGAGACGUAACUGUUGCUUUUAUGCAUUUUACUUUUUUUUUUUUUUUUUUUAAAUACUUGGUGACGACUCAAACUACAUUUUGGACCUCAUUUUUGUCUGUGGUGCAGUGGGCGAACCUCUGAUUUUCCUAGAGUGCUUUACAUCAACAACCACAAGUGAAGUGUUUAUCUACAUUACCAUGUAGGGCUGGGAAGGUUUUGUUACUAAAUGUAGCGUAUGACAUAAUGUGAUGUUGUCCCUACUGUGUGUGCCAAGGAAGGUUCACUGUUCCCUUUCCCUCCCUUACGUCAGCGUCUUUGCUCCCCAUUGUAUGCUAGUAAAAUGUGUGCUGUCAUGCACAGAAUGAAGA